UAAAACUGUUUAAUGUAGUAUUCAGUAUAUUUAUAACAAAAUCAAAAUACUUUCUCUAUGAUUUUGUAUGAUAUAAAUGGUUUCUUAUAGGUUAUGUGGUAUAAAACUGCAUUAUAAAUAAUUAAAAUUAUACAAUUUUUUACCUUUAAACAAUCACAAUGCCAAAUGAUCAAAUAGAAAUUUCUAAACCACCUGUUCCUAAAGCACGUCGUUCCAUAAGAGACACUAAUGUACAAGUAAUUGAAGAAAUCGAUUCCUUCAAAAACUCUACAAAUUCAUUGGCAAUGAAAAACAUAUACAGAACUAACCAACAAGACUCAGAAAUUUGUAAUAUUUCUGAUAUCCAAUAUACCGAUGAUGAAGAUGACAAUGAAGAAGAUGAUGAUAGUGAUGAAGACAGUAGUAAUUACAUUUCCAAACGGUGUCUUAACGUAAAUACUUCACGAGAUAGCAUACAACAAGAAUCUUUUCAUACUCCAUGUAAUUCUCCUAUAGGAUCGCAGAUGCAUAAACGAAGCUCUCAUAACCCUCAUAGGAAUCAAUCUUUUAACAUUAAUAAUUCUUUCUCAUGUAAACCACAAAAACAACCUGCAGAUGGGUUUUUUCCAAAAUAUACCACAUUUUUUUUCUGUGUUGCUAUUUUAUGUUUAACUCUAUUUCUUAUUUAUACUUCAACAAAGACUCAUGAAAAUCUGAAGGAAACUACUGAAUCAAAACAAACAGAUUUUACUGAUAUAAAUAACUUACUGCAUAAAUCAAUACAGCUAAUUCAGACACGGUUUCAUAAUCAAAGAUCUAACAUUUGGAAUGAUAUAUCAGCUGGAAUAUAUGACGUAAUCUUAUUCCCUACAAAACCUUCAAUUAUUAUUUUGUUUGGAAAUGAAACUAAAACCUUGAAUUGUUUAGCUCAAUUACUUGGACAAUUGAGUGCCAAAAUUUUAGGUAAUAAUGAUUAUUUAAGAUUGACACCAAAAGACUUUCCAAAUGAUGUUGGACAAGUCAUUUAUAAUUUAAGAAAACGAAUUACACAAAAAAAAGUAAUAAUAAUACAAGAUUUAUUAAGCAUAAACACUGAAGCACUAAAAGCUUUUCACAAUUUUUGUGACAGAGAAAAGCCUUUAGUUGAGAAUGUUAUAUAUAUAAUAACUGUGACUGUUGAUGGGUACAAAUCAUCUCAAAGGGAAUUAGAAUUUAUCGAAAAUCAAAUAUUUAAAAGAUUAUCAAAUUAUAUGCACAAAGACAUUCUAGAUCCACUAGUAACUAGACUUACAGAUGGAAUUAUUGUACCCAUUUUACCAGAAACAAAUACAAAUUUCAAUUAUGCAGAUUGUUCUUUUUCUAUAAACAACAAGCUAUAACCUUUUAAUAAACGUAGAGGAUGUAAUUAAUUAAUAUAACAUUGUGAUAAUAAAGAGUAUAAGAAUAUUAACAAGAUGUAAUAUAUAAUUUUGCUACUGUAGAGUGUAUCAUGGAUAGUAUUUAAGUGAGUGAAUAAAAGUUUUGUAUAUUAAUAUUCAACUUUAUUUUAUUACGUCAAAUGACAGUACAGAAAAUCAACAUUCUCAGAUAAAGAUUUCCAAUGGAUUUGGCGGUUUCUACAAAUUUUCAAAAAAUAUAACAACAAAAUCGAUGCCUCUGGCAUGAUUUCAGUUAUGCUCUUGAAUGACAUGUUUAUACAGCUUUAAAGUAAAGUACAAUGAAUAGAUUUACUUCAUACAUGUGAUUGUAUCUUAAUAGUGUAACAUGUCGGUCCUCGUCCACGUAUUGUUAACGUCUUUAAUUGCCAAUUUACAAUGCGUUUCUUCUAUGUUGUACCACAAAUGGAAUCGCAUCGGUAGAAAAACAAUCUUUCUUUUUAUUUUUAGUUAUAUGGGAAAAACAUGUAAUAUAUCUUUGCAAA